UGAUAUCGCCAACCCAACAGUCCUCCCAUUGCAUUUUUUUGAUCAAUGAGAGAGAGAGAGAAAGGGGGGAGGGAGAGAGAGAGAGAGAGAAGGGGGUUUGGGUAUUUUCAGCCUCACUCUGGCAGCUGUGCAGCUACCCCACGUACAUGCUCAUAUCCGGAGAGAGACAGACAGAGUAGGAGAGAGAAAGAGAGAGAGAGAAAACACUGACUUCCUUCUUUUCUGCUCUGCAGACGCCUGCGUGACCUAUCUGCUCCCGGAUUUCCCUGCAACUUUUUAUUUUUCUUGCGAUUUUUAUACUGUUUUCAUCGUCGCAUUCCUCCUUCCUUUGGAAUGAACUGUUUUCCUGCCUGCAUCGUUUCCAUGCCAGCAUGGGAACUGCUGUGUCCAAGAGGAAGAAUUUAAGAAACGAUGCGAUUUCUUCUGUGGCAGCAAAAGUUAGAGCAGCGCGAGCAUUUGGAGAGUACCUGUCCCACACACACCCUGAAAACCGAAACGGAUCAGCUCAUCUUCUGUGUGAAACCUUGGUGGGUCCUGACCCGGAGUCGCCAAGUGACACAUUUGGCCCCAACAACAACAACCACCUCCAUCCCUGCUCCGAAACUAAGGGCUGUGAGGACAAACAGGAGACCAGCCUAGUGACACAGCCACUGGGCUUACUCCAGCCAACCCCAUCUUCUAUCACACUUUCUAACAAGGCGCCAGCACGAUUGUCCCUCGAACGCAGCUUCUCAGUGGAGGAAGACCAGCAGAAGUGUGUGGAGUGUACACUGCAGCCUUCACGUGUAUACACCAUCACCACCCAGCACGGUAUGCUGAUGAGCGCCGGCCGGGGCAGCAAGGAGAGCCUCGAACUGGACGUCCUAAAGGAGAAGUCGGGGAGUAGUGGGGUAGGAUCUAGAGGUGGCUCGAUCCAGCCUUCCAAUUCCCCUUCCUCCGCCUCAUCGUCUCCAACCCAGUACCACCGUGCAAGCAGUGUCCGUGGCGCCAGCAGCUGUGGCAGCCACCAUCACAGCAACCAUCACCAUAGUAUGCACCAUCAUGGAAACCACCACCACCACAAUGUCUCGGGCAUGAAUCCACCUUCCAGCAGCGGAGGAAGUAGCGCGGCAAGUGGAAGCAGCAGUAGCAACCAGCAGCCGCAGCUAACCGCUGCAGGCUCUCACUCUCAUCAUGCAUCACACCACCACACCCACCAUCAUCAUCACCUGUCUCAGCCUCCACUGCAGACCUCGGUCAGCGCCCACAACAUUCGUAGCUGGGGCGAAGGUGGAAAAGGGGAGGCGGAGUGUAGCGGGUUGGCUUGUGAGUCGUGCAGUACUGCUCCCUCUCGAAGCCAGGGUUCCCUGGACCUGGAGAGUGCAUCGAGAGAGGCAGGCAAGCAGCACCGACGCCUAGAGCGGAUGUGGAGUGUGGACCGGAUGACUGGGCUGGAGAGAGAGGACACCAACUGGUUCCCCAAGGAAAAUAUGUUCACCUUUCAAACGGCUACAACAACCAUGCAGGCGAUCUCGAACUUCCGGAAGCAUCUUCGGAUGGUGGGCAGCAGAAGGAUUAAAGCACAGAGUGGAGACCUGCAGACCUCUUGUGGCACUCUGGAUGAAGGAGGUCUCGACGACAAUAUAGACUGGGAGGAGGAAAGGGAGAUGGAGAGGCUGGCAUGUGAGGGAGAUGACUUUAUACCUCCCAAAAUCAUGCUGAUCUCUUCUAAGGUCCCCAAGGCCGAGUACAUUCCCACCAUAAUCCGCAGGGACGACCCCUCCAUCAUUCCCAUCCUCUAUGACCAUGAACAUGCCACUUUUGAUGAUAUUUUGGAGGAAAUAGACAAGAAACUCACAGCUUACAGGAGAGGAAGCAAGUUCUGGAGGAUGCUCAUUUUUUGUCAAGGAGGGCCUGGUCAUCUGUAUUUACUGAAGAAUAAAGUGGCAACGUUCGCUAAGGUGGAAAAAGAGGAGGACAUGAGCCAAUUCUGGAGGAGACUCAGUCGCUUCAUGAGUAAAGUCAAUCCAGAACCAAACCUGAUCCACAUAAUGGGAUGCUAUGUCCUGGGUAACCCCAAUGGCGAGAAGCUGUUCCAGAAGCUGAAGAAUCUGAUGAGGCCUUAUUCCGUUGAGUUCGAGUCACCGCUGGAGCUGUCUGCACAGGGCAAAGAGAUGAUCGAGACGUACUUUGACUUCCGCCUCUACCGCCUUUGGAAGACGAGGCAACACUCCAAGCUGCUGGACUAUGAGGAUUUUUUGUGACAAAGACAUCUGGAUCAAUGUUGCAGCGGAGCCCUCCAGUGCCACGAGGAACCUGUUAAAACUGAUCCAGCAUUUGAACAUUGCUCAGCUGUAGUGCUCGGCCCGUCGGUUCAACACAAACAGUCAUACCCGCUUUCACCCUUGAGAGGCUGGGAGAAGAGGGAAGGCAAUAGUAGACCAAGGGGCUGAAGAUGAAUUAAAUUAUGCUGUGCCUCUGCUCUUCCUCUUUUUCAAAAAGAAAGGUCACAGACUAACAGGAGAAAAAAAGGCCAAAUCAACAUAAAAGGGGGGGGAAAGCGAGAGAGAACUGGAUUUGUUUGCAUCAUGGCAAACAAAUCUGUCUGCCUCUUGAGUUUGAAAGCAAAAUCCAUAUGUCAAAUGUGUACAAAGGAAAUACCAUUAGAGUCACACUCCUCUGUUGCAAGGACUUCAUUUUUGAAGCUGAUGAUGCGCUUCAGAAAACUUCCUAAAUUCAUUCUGUCAUACUGUGGUUCUGUGUUUUGACUGGACCUCCCAGAUAAUCUCAGACCCCGGAGUAAAAUACUAAAUAAACCAUACGUCGAUGUGUAUAUAUAUCACAUUAAUAUAUUAGCAUAGCUUCAGUCAUGCAAAUUACUCUAUUACGAGAGAAAUGAUGCAUCAUUUAUUUUUGAUGUGCAUUGUUGUGCAGUUUCAUAUGGAAAUACUUUGGAAUAACUCAGGUUUUAGCCAUGAAGUAAUUAACCUGUUUGUCUAUCAAGAUAUUGUAAUUUUCAUCACCAUUGCUUGGAAUGAAUGUAUUAUCUCUCCAGAGAUGCGUCUUUGGUUUGAGGAACUAUUCUCGUUGGGGGGAAAGUACAAUGUUCGGACAUCGUGUGGGUGUGUGUGUGUUUUCCUUGUAAAACAAAAAAACAAAACAGAAAAAAAAAACAUGCAGAUGUUUGUAUUUUCUCUUACUGCUCAUCCGGUAAAGGAAAAAAUAUCAUUCCCUCAAUUAUCUUUCUGUCACAUACAUCCAAACACAAAGACAGUCUAGUAUCCAUCAUGAUGUCAAGAGGGAUGUAAGAGCCAUGCAAGUGCUCCUACCGCUGUAGUGUAGGAGUUUUCCUAUUGAUCCUUCCUGCUCUUUUGCAGAAGGUUCGGGCCACUUAGCAGGCCCUUGUCAACAGUGCUGGCUGCACUCGCUAUCUGCCAAACACACUUGGCUUCUCUUAAUGGCAGCCAACCAGGCUUCCGCUGCCUCUCGCUUCGCUGGGCUGUGAUCCAGUCCGAGGACCGGAGCUUUCCCGAAUUUGCCAGGAGUUUAAAUUGUUAACAUCUAUUUGCUUCUCCUUCCAGGUGCCAGUGAGUUUCUAAGGCUGGCCCGAGUGACCUGAGCAGUCUCAAACAGAUUAAGGAGGGUCAAAGCACUCACACAAAUAUACAGUACACACACACACACACACACACACACACAAAUGCUAGGGCUGGGACAGUAGUUUAAGAAACCAUUAAAUCAGGACUAAGUUAAAAAGCCAUUCCACAGAUACAGUACCACAUCUGAAGGUCAGCUCGCUCGUAAUGAGGAGGAGUGCUCCUGUGAAAAUAUUUUAUAAUGUCUUCUGUGGCUCAGGGGGAACAUUUUUAGAAAGAAGCUUAUAUGAGAGAGCUUGCAUUACAAACUGGUGCUGCUGUGUUUGAGGGCUGUGGGAGUUUGUAUAGAGAGAAAAGCUGCAUUAGGGGAAGUGUGGGAUUCAGGGUUUUUAGGCAUGAAUGAAGAUCAAACACAUGUUUGAAGUAAUCAGUUCAGAAGUCGUGGUCAUUCAAAACAGCUGAUUCAAUCUCAGUCUGUUAAGUGCCCCAAACCCUAAAAUCUACGUUUCCCAUGGCAGCUUUACAUAAUAAAAAGCAGCAACUCUUGCAAAGCACAAAAAUCUCAAUUCUCAAUUUUUAUUUUUUGCCAUUUAAAGCAGGUAGAUUUUGCAAAAGGCUCGGAAUAUUGAGAUUUUGUGCUUCCCGAGUGCUGCGUCAGAGGAAGCGAUUAUUGCGAAUGUGUUCACGAGCUCGAAGGUGCUACACGAUAUGCCGUCAAGUCACAGCUCGCCGUUCAGCUCCAGAACGGCGAGACUUCUAAGUGAUUGAAACAGUGCAACUUCAAAACCGGUUGCUGAGUGUAGGUGCAGAAAAAUUGCAGUCAGCACGGUGAAACCUUUCAGCUUAGAGUGGUCAAGUGGUCCUAGCCCUGCGUAACACAGACACAUACAAAUAAACACACACCAGGCAAAGCUUUUCUACAUCAGUGUGGUAAAUACUUUUCCAUUUGUCAUUUACUUGUGUGGAUGUGUUAAUAUUUGAGCAUUGUGAGCAGAACUAUUUUUUUUGUGUGUGUUAAACUCAACCAAUCUCACUGGAGUGCUUUUUACAGGCUUAACAUUGGUUUUUAUUUGCAUUUGCCCUCUCUGACUUCGAAAUGCUGGCCUACAGUUUGUCUGGCACAGACAAGUGCUCUCUCAGCCUGAGUCACGCAGUACAUGUUUUCACUACAGAUUUAAAAUUCCACACUUAUGCAACCUGUCAUUUUCCUGAGCCAUUUUUAAUUCCAGCAAAAGCAUUACGCUGCCAAAUUCUUGGAGAAGUUGUCCUAAACAGCUCUAGGGUUUAAUGGAAUAUUAUUUGAUGGGUGAAUUCAAAAACACCAAAGCAAAAAAGAAAUAAAUCACUAUAAUACUCUGAAUUCACUGAACUCUGACUCAGGAGUUUGAGAGCACUUUCCUCUGCUUUCAAACAAACAAACAAAUGAACAAAAACUAACAUUUCACCAGAAAUCUAAUUAAAGAUGCAAAUGUGUCUA